CACCGUCUCUAUUUUUCAGUAACAUCAAACCAAAAACUAAGAUGUAGAAAAGUCAUGCACAGUGACAGCCAUGGCUGCUGGUUUGAGGUCCUAAGAUACAACUUUCAAAGCAUUGGGUACAACUUACAAACACCAGAUAAUUCGUUCCUUUUGCAUCAUCUUUAAUGCUUAGCUAAAUCUGUUCCUAUAUAUUCCCCCAAAUCUAUUCCUUCAAUCCAAGUUUUCUGAAAAUGGAUUCAUCACCAGAUGAUAUCAUCAAAGAUGAUAUCAUCAAAGAAAUAUCUGGUAUCGUUCGAGUAUACAAAAACGGCCGAGUACAAAAACUCGUCGGCACCGAUGUCAUUCCCGCCGGUCUGGAUCCUUCUUCCGGCGUUCAAUCCAAAGACGUCUUAUUUUCACCCAAUAAAACCCUCUCCGCUAGGCUUUACAUCCCCAAAUCCACGAAUUCCAGUACCACAAAACUCCCCCUUCUCAUCUACUACCACGGCGGCGGAUUCAUCAUCGAAACCGCCGCGUCCCCCAUCUACCACAACUUCUUAAACCUUAUCGCAUCGGAAUCUAACGUCGUCAUAGUUUCCGUUGACUACCGAACGGCGCCGGAGCAUCCCGUCCCCACCUGCUAUCAAGAUUCCUGGGAAGCAAUCAAGUGGGUGGCGCAACACGUUAACGGAAAUGGACCCGAGCAAUGGCUUAACAAUUACUCCGAUCUUGGUCACGUAUUCUUCAGCGGCGACAGUGCCGGCGCCAAUAUCGCCCAUCACAUGGGCAUCCGGGUCGGGUCUGAAAGCAUUAAACUUAAUCUACAAGGGAUUAUACUGCUCCACCCGUACUUUUGGGGUAAGGAUCGAAUCGGGUGUGAAUCGGACAAACACCCAUGGACAAAAGCGGUAAGAGAUUUAUGGCUGUUUGUCCACCCGGAUACGAGCGGGUUAGAUGACCCGCUGAUUAACCCGGAAAUGGAUCCGAAAGUGGCGGAUCUUGGAUGCUCCAGGGUGUUGGUUUGUGUUGGCGAGAAGGAUAUAUUGAAGGAUAGGGGCUGGAAUUAUAGAACCAUUUUGAAGGAAAAUGGGUGGAAAGGAGUAACAGAGAUGUGGGAAGAUAAAGGGGAGGACCACGUGUUUUUUCUAUAUAACCCUCGUGCUCAAAAUGCUUGUACAUUGCGCAACAGAAUUUGUACCUUCAUCAAUCGCAUCAGAGCCAAGGCCUAAUAAAGCAAAGCAAGCAAAAUUGGAUGAUACCAAAAUCGAGCAGAAAUAUCGAGCAUAUACUACCAAAAUCGAGUAGCAAAUAAAGCAAAUAUUAACAACAAUCGAUGCAUCAAACAAACCCAAAAAUAUCGAGAAUAUACUAGCAAAAUCGAGCAGCAAAUCAGAAGAAAAAACGAGUAGCAAAUCAAAAGCAAUCGAGCAGCAAAUCAGAAGCAAUAUCGAGCAAAAUCAACAGAUAAAAUCGAGUAUAAUCGAACAGCAAAUCGAGCAAAUUCGAGCAGCAAAAUCGAGCAUAAUCUAUAGAUAAGGAGAAGAGUUACCUUUGGAGAAGAGAGCCUUGAUUUGAGGAGAAACUAUUUCGGCCGAUUAGGGUUCUUGGAGGAGAAGAUUGGAGGAGAAGGAACGACUAUUGGAGGAGAAAAGAGAGG